AUGUGCUAUCCAUUAGCACUCACCGUCUCUGAGGUGUGUCCACCGCUAAAUUCAAGUGUAACAACAUCAACGGUUACUAUACCUGCAGCAAUAACAACACGACCAACAACAACACAACCAACAAUGACAACAACACAACCAACAUUGACAACAACACGACCAACAACACAACUAAUAACAACAACGCGCUCAACAACAACAACAACCCGUGAGUAG